CAAUUGAAAAUCAAUCUUCUAGUAUAAAAAAAUUAAUAAAAUAAAACUGAUUAUUAUAACCAAUAAUUUCGAUACAAAAAACAAUCAUGGAGAUCGUAGACAGGCUGGCGGUUUUUCCGACGUCCAGUUCGUACAACAGCGUGAAAUGCCGUUUGAUCUGCGCCCGUAGAGGUCACGAUUUACUCACGAAACGGAUCGACGGUCUCUUAAACCGAUUUCGCGCGAUUGCGUCGCAAUUACUCAAGAGCAAAUCGCAACUCGGCCAAGUUAUGAGGGACGCGGCCUUCUCGCUGGUCGAAGUCAAUUACGCGACAGGUGGAGUAAACGAGCUGGUCCUGCAGGCGGUCAACAAGGCCAAAACCAAGAUUCAAUCCAGGCAGGAGAUGAUCGGUGGAAUUCGACUGUGGAUUUACGAGCCCUUCCGCAGUGGCGGCGAUCCCUUCAGGUUUGCCGGAUUGGCCAGAGGCGGUCAACAAGUGGCUAAAUUGAAGAUAAAUUACGAGAAGGCGAUCAAUCUACUGGUCGAAUUGGCAUCAUUGCAGCGCAACUUUCAGAUCCUCGACCGGGCAGUCAAGACGACGAGACGUCGCGUAAACGCUCUUCGGCACAUCAUUAUACCACGAUUAGAACGAACCCUCGCCUACAUCAUCACCGAGCUCGACGAGUACGAACGAGAGGAAUUCUAUCGCCUUAAGAAAAUACGGGAGCGGAAGACAAAGCAACGCGACAGGCGAUCCUCUUACGAUUUCACUCGGAACGCCAACGUGCUUGACGACACGGACGAGGACCUUCUCUUUUGACGCAAACGACUGUUCUUGAUUUUUCAGAAAAAUAAAAUCAAGGAAGAAAACGAAACAAAUUUUUUUUCUGUUUUCUUUCCCGAGAAAUGCAGAAAAACAGCUGAAGUAAUGAAGUACUAGUAUUUUUCUCUCUUUUAGAAAAAUAAAAUUGAUGGAAUAACCCGAUUUUUCCCAUUUCUUUUGAAAAAAUGCGGAUAACACUGUGACAAUGACAGCGGACUUUAUUGAUAAAUUAUUUAUUUCUUAUAGUUUUUAAAUGUGAGAAAGAAAUCUUAAAGCGAUUGACGUAGAGGGACAAAAAACCCAUACACAAUACAUUCCAACAAUGUUGCAAGAACUUUGCGACGCUGUAAUAUACUGUGCUGUAUGGAAAGUGAUAUUAUCUUAAAAGAAAAAAA